UCUGAUAUUAUCAUGGAAAUCUCUCAAACUGUAAAUUUAUAUAUAACAUAUGUUGAAAAAGAAGGCCCAUUUUUGAAAGUGUGGGGCCAAACAGAAAAAAACAAUUCGAUAUAUGUGGAACAGUUUCUUUUGGGGGCCAGUCCCCAGUUCGAUUUAGGUGUAGGCAAAAUUUCCGUAGACAGCUUACAGGCAGGCACUUUAGUUUGUGCUAAAUAUAAAGAUAAUAAAUAUUAUAGAGCUAGAAUAACAAAUGCCUCAUUUUUGACUGAGGGUUUUGUUGAGGUUAGCUUCAUAGAUUAUGGUAAUAAAGACUUGGUACCUUGUGCUAAUAUUCGAAGUUUGCAAAAUUUUCCAUCUUCAUUUAUAUCUGUGCCUCCACUAGCAACAGGAUUUAUAUUCGCAGAGGCUCAUUGUCCAGGUGGAGGGGAAUGGAACGAUACCAUUUUGGAGAAUAUUUCAAAAGAAAUUAAGUACAGAGAGGUUCAGUGUACAUUAGUCACCCAAGCUACUCAAUAUUAUCUAGUAAAGCUAUAUGUUGGAGGUAGCGACUUAUGUGGCCUGUUGAUUAAUCGAGGACUUAUGCAACCCAUUUCGUUGCAAGCACAGCAGGCAGUUUUAUUAAGCAUGAGUAUGCAGCGAUCUAAUUUGUUACCAUCUCAGGCUGCACCAACAGUAGCUACAGGAAUAAAUACUUAUAAAGCUUGUACAUUGGAACCUGGUUGCCAGUAUCCGGUCUAUGUUUCAUAUGUAAACGAUGGACCAUGUCAUUUUUCGGUGCAGCUGAAACAGACUGAAGAAGUACUAGUAAUGCUUAUGAAUGAUAUAAACACGAUUACUUUAAGGCUUUUAGAAGAUGUUCCAAUUCCUGGUACCAUUUGUCUUGCACGCUGUCAAGAAGAUGGUAACAUUUGUAGAGCCGUUGUUACCAAUGAAGUUGAUAAUCAAUUUAAGGUAUUCUAUGUUGAUUUUGGCAACUAUGAGGUAGUACCAUUAGAUGCUCUUUAUCAAAUUCCAUUCAAAUAUGUCAUCCCUAGAGUAAUGGCGAUUCGAUUUUCCUUAGCCGGGGUAGAAAAAUCAACUGUAACCCUUGAAAUGCAGUGUGCUUUUAAACAAUUUGUCGACAAUCGAUUAUUAUACAUGAAGGUUCUUCCAACCCCAACUAGAAUGGCCAUACCUAAAUGUGAACUGUGGGAUCCAGAAACAAAGACCAGUGCUUUGGAUGUUGUAAAUCGUGCAGCACAAAAUGCUUACCCUGAACCUGUUUCGCUUACCAGAGGCUUCAGCCAACUUGUAAAAGUUAGCUAUGUAUAUAGCUGCAGUAGAUUUUAUGUCCAACUAGUUAGUAAAGAAAACGAACUUUUGAAACUUAUGCUAGACUUACAAGCAUCUUGUCAGACAAAUGAAUCUAUGGAUCCAAGUACCCUUAAAGUGGGUCUACCGUGUUGUGCUUUAUUUGAGUCAGAUCAGCAAUGGUAUAGGAGUCAGAUAGUGGAAGUAUUAGGUGACACCAUUAAAGUUCGUUAUAUUGACUAUGGAAAUGAAGAGGUAGUCCCUUGUGCUCAACUGAAAAUAAUAGAUGGAGAGCAGUUAACUGUCCUUAGACCUCAAGCAAUAGAAUGCUGUUUAAAUGGUUACCAAAAUAUGGAUGAGGACCUUCAGAGAGAUGGUUUCCUUGAAGAAUUAAUUUUAGAAAGACAGUUUACAAUGAAAGUUGCCGAAAUGACUAACAAAAAAGCUCUGGUAGAGUUAUUUGAUGACUCCGACUAUAAUAUUGCCUCUCUUCUGUUAGACAAAUUGGCAUCUGCCAAGUCCCAGGUUAGUCCAAUGUUGGUACAGGCCGGUAAUAAAAUAGAACAUCGGAAGUCAUUUUCCAACCAAAAUGGUCCCAGGGAACAACAUUUUCGACAGGACCGUAAACCUGGACGAACGAACGAUAGAAAUGAAAACACUUGGAGGCAAGAUAAAAAAGAUUUUCGAACUAACGAUAGAAAUUCAAACGAAACGAAUAACGAUAAAAAUUCUUGGCGUCAGAAUAACAAAGGAUUUAGCCCAAAUAGUGAAAGAUUUAAUAGAGAUAAGAAUCGAAACAGGAACGAAUGGAAUAACAAGGAAAAUGUAAACACUGACAACUGGGAUACAGCUAAUAGUAAGCCUCAGGAGAAUGAUGACUGGGGAACACCAGCUAAUAAUGCAGGUUUCCAGAAUAAUUCUAGAGAAAAUGACUUUGGUCGCAACAAAGGCAGCAGAUUCAAUAAAGACAGCUGGAAUUCUGGUGGUCAAAAACCUGGAGGAUUUAAGAAAAAGAACGAUUUUAGGAAAGAUGGUAGUGACAUCAGCUCAAGUGGCUCUGAAAAAAGCUUCCAGAAGGGUCCGAGGACAAGUUCUCGAAACGACAGACCUCAGUAUCAAAAAAAAUUUGACAAACCUAGAAGCGCACCCUUUGCUAGUACCACUCAGACAGAUGACUCUUGGGAUGUGAGCGUAGUGGCUUCUGUAAUAGAUGCCGCACCAGCCACUGCAACUUUUGUGCCAUGCGAGGUGAUUGGAACUGUGUCGGAUGUUAUUAUAAGUUGGUUUCAUAACCCUGGCCAUUUUUACUGUCAGCUGGCUGAUGUUCAGGAUCAGUUUAAGAAUUUAAUGACUGAAAUUCAACAGUUUUAUAAAGGCCGUAGACCAGAAUCGGCUGUCGUUGGAGCUCCAAUCAUUGGUCUUUUCCCUGAAGACAACGUCCUUUACAGAGCUCAAGUAUUAGAGGUCUUAAGUGGCCAAUACAAAGUCUAUUAUGUAGAUUUCGGAAAUGUUUCCAGUAUCACCAAAAUUUGGCCGAUUGAGAAAAAGUUCAUGAGUCUCCCUGCACAAGCGAUUGUGUGCAGUUUAAACGAAAUUGCACCUCCUGGCGACCAGUGGCCUAAUGCUGAUAACUAUAGCACUUAUUUUGAUAAAGAUAGAUACGUGUGCAAAUUCGUGAAUAAAGAUGAAGAAAAGACUUACGUGGACAUCUUCUAUGACAACAAUGAUGUAAAGCAACUCCUGAUUCAAGAUGCACUGGCUGUUUCAACAAAAAAAAUCAUUCCAGACAUAGAAAUUCCAUUACUGUUGGGCCAACAGUUCAGGGCUAUACUCAAGAGUGUAAAUAAUUUCAGUGAUAUUAUCAUAGCUUUAGAAUGUGGGGUAGCUCUUAGUUGUAAAAUGCAUAACCUGGAAGAGGCUGUUACGACUGAUGAGAACAAUUUGAAACGUUUUCUGGAACGUGCUGUGAUUAUAUAUGUUGAUAACGUGAUAGAUGAUAAGUUAGACGUUACAUUAUACGAUAUCGAAGGAUCUAAGAUUGAAGUAUUGAGCCCUGACGAGGGAGCUUGCGAUAUGGUAGAACUUCCAUGUCCAAUACUCAUCUUACGUUCCGCCUUAGCAGGUUAUGCUUCGCACGUGGAUGGCAUGUCUGUAUUUAUUCAACCAGUGGAAUACGCAGAUAUCGUAGCUCAUUUGCUUGACCAGAUGUACGAAUCGUACGAAAAUACGACACAAGAUGUGACGAUUAUACCCGAGGUGGAACUUCUGUAUGCAGUUAAGAGCGAUGAUGGAAACUGGUAUAGAGCCAGGGUAAUAAAUAUUAGUGACACACAGGCCUCAGUGUCUUAUAUAGAUUAUGGUAACGGUGAAGAUGUUGAUUUUGACAAGUUACGCCAAUUGUCGGACAAAUUUUUGGAGAUCUGUAUUCUUUGUGUUCAGGUAUUUACAACUGUUGCUACUGACGCUCUUCUUGAUAACGACGUAGUUGCGAGUAUAGAAUACGGUGAAAAUGGUUGGGAAGGUAUAGUGGAACUACAGGUGCCAGCAGAAUCAUCAGCCACUGAGUCUGCUGCCGUAGAUAAUAUUGAUGUUAAAGGUGCAGGAAUAGAUGAGGCUUUACAGGAGCCCGUUGAAGUAACUGAGCAGUUGAGUACACCUUUAGAAAAUCCACCCGAACCUUCUUUGUCAGACACCACGGCUAAUGUUGAAUCGGAAGCUAUUGUGCAAAAUGGAAUACAGGUUAUUGUUAGCCACAUUGACAGUCCCACUGAGUUUUACCUCCAAUUGUCAGACUCUCUGAGUGCCAUUGACGAACUUCAAUCGAACCUACAGCUACAAGCAGUAGAUAUGCCUGUGUUGGAAAACCCGACUGCUGGAAUAUUAUGUGCAGCUCCGUUUUCCGUUGACCAACAGUGGUACAGAGCCGAAGUACUAGAUGCGGAUGACGAUAUAACCACUGUUAGAUUUGUUGAUUAUGGUAACACAGAUGUCAUAAGUAACGAGACCACAAAGAUUAAAACAUUACCGCCAAAUUUAUUAUCUCUAGCAGUUUACGCCACCAGAUCCAGUCUAAAAGUUAAAUCUGUUGAUGGUGAAUGGAGCACUAAUGCUACUGAAAGGUUUGAAGCACUGGUCGGCGUUAACAACAUAACUGCUGAAUUCAUCGAUCAAGAUGAAAAGACGAAUUACGUGGAACUUUACGUAAAUGGCCAGAACGCCAAAGACAUUUUGAUUAAUGAAAACCUAGCUCUUCCUUUGGAACUUUCUGAGGAAAAUAAAUCGACAUGUUUCGUCAGCCACUUGAAUUCUCCGUCGGAAUUCUGGUUGCAACUAGAAAAUUGCGUGGAUGAGUUAGAAUGGAUAGCCGAGCAACUCUCUGGUGCAGAGAAUUUCCCAGAACUGGAGGAUACGACCCCUGGUACCUUGUGUGCAGCACUUUUCCCCGAUGAUCAGAUGUGGUACAGAGCCCGCAUUCUCUCCGAUACGGUCGCCGGUUUGGAACUGUUGUUCAUCGAUUAUGGGAAUUCCAGCAUCAGCAGCAGUCUGCGUCAGUUACCCGAAGAUUUAGUUGUGACGCCCCCUUUAGCACAGAAGUGCAGCUUACAGAAGCCAGAGGGAAUCCCGUACUGGUCGCCGCAGGCAGUGAACAAAUUUAAUGAAAUAUCGGCUGACGGUCAAACCAUUUUCACGGUUCAUAAGAUAAGCACUGGGGAAACCUCAGUAGUUCAGUUGUUUAUAGAAGGUGAAGACGUAACAUCUAUGUUAUUACCAGAAACGGAAGAGGGAUGUGUAAAAGAUGUAGAAAACUUGGACGGUUUUGUGAUAGAGAAGAACGGAGAAACCUUAGCUGAACGUUACAAGUUGGAGCCCAUGCCCGGUAUGACUUGGACUGAGGAAUCUACUGACAAAUUUCAGGAACUAAAUAAUCAAGGUUCUAAACUUUUCCAAAUUGAGUUCAUUGCAGAAAAUACAGUACGACUGUAUGCUGAUGGCUGCGACAUCAGACCCAGCUUAGGAGGCAUUAAAACCUCUUCACUAAAUAUGUCGAGAACAAGUGCAGAUGAUGAGAAGACUGAUGACGAAGCAGAUAUUAAUGCUUACUUAAAUGAUACCAUUCCCCAUAAUACCAUAAGCGAAGGUACUUGUCCAAAUAAUAAAGAAACGGAGGUCCUUGAAGGGAGAAUGGAUAUUCCUUCUCCACAGAGUUCCUCAGAUGAUAUCAAACAAAUACUUGGAAUUAUAACCGCUGAAGAUAUAUUACAAGAAAAUGUACAUGAAAGAAAAUCUGACUGCAAUAAAUCUGAUGCAGUUACCGAUAUUAAAUUAGAUGAUGAAAGGAAUAAAACUGAGUCUACCUCACAAAAUGAUAUAGAAGAAAAAAUUGAAUCGGAUAAAGUAGAGUUAUCCAAAUCGGAAAAUAGUGAAAUUGUACCAAAUUCCCAAAAUGAGGAAAGUAACAGGAUUUCGUCAGAAAGUGAGUUAAAAGAAAAAAAUCCCGAAUGUAAGACUAUACCCGAGUCGUCAUCUGAAAAUAAUAAAAAUGAAAUAAAUGAAUUAAAUGAAGAAGAUAAAACUAUCUUAUCUAAAAAUGAAGUACAUGUAAUCUCAGAAGAAAUAAAAGAGGAUACUUCCCAAAAAAUAUUAAAGUCAACAGAAAGUUCAGAAAAAUGUAUGUCUCCUAAUGAGAAUUUGCCGUCUGAGAGUGAUAGAAGCAUAUUAGACGAAGACACAACUAUCUUGCCCCAAAAUGAUACAGAUGCAAUCUGUGGAGAAAUAGAAGAGGAUACUUGCCAAAAAUUAAUAAAGUCAACACCAGAAAGCCCAAAAGAACAUCCUACUCAGAUCGAAUUGUCGUCUGAGAAAGAUAUAUUAGAUGCAAAAGAAACUGCCUUACCGAAAAAUGAAAUAGGCGUAAUUUCUGAAAAAAUAGAUGAGGGUACUUGUCGAAAAUUAACGAAGUCACCACCAGAAAGCCCUAAAAAACACGUGUCUUCUAAUGAGAUUGUGUCAUCAUCUAAGAGUGAUAAAAAUAUAUUAGAUGCAAAGGAUGAAACUGCCUUGCCUAAAAAUGAAGUAGACGAAAUCACUGAAGAAAUAAAAGAGGAAACUUGUCCAAAAUUAAUAAAGUCAGCACCAGAGAGCCCAAAGAAACGCGUGUCUAUUAAUGAGGGUGAUCUUUCAUCUGACAGUUUAGUAGAAUCUGAAAUUGAAUCGGUUCUGAAAGAUGCAAUAGAAAAGGCGCUAUUAACCAAAGACAAUGAAAACAUAAGUAGACCAGUUAGUAGCUGCUCUGGGAAAAUAAGUCAUGACGAUCGUAUCGUACCAGCAGUAGCUUCGAGGCCUCAAUCGCCAAUACAAGACGAAGACACUAAAUCAGAAGAAAAAGUGAUAAGCCGCCCCCCCAGUGCUUGUUCUGGUAAGAUCAGUCAUGAUGAACGAAUCGUGCCUGCGGUUUUGUCCAGACCACAGUCUCCCAUACAGUCAGAUGACGAUGUCGGUCAAGACACAUUGAAUGAGAAAUAAUUUCAUUUAUUCAUAGGGACUCCCUCAUUAUUGAACACCAGAAAUGUUUGCCUUUCAUUUGUUUGAAUUUAGUUUGCUGUUUUAUGCAAUACAAAAAGGUGUUACUUUCAUUGUUUUUUAAUGUGUAUGUACUUGUUACGAGAAAAUGUUUUUUUUUCCUAAUAUAGGAUUAAGGAUUAAUAAAUCAAUACUUCUUUUUC